AUGGCGACCUCGAUAGAGCCAGAGAAAUAUGAGGUACUGGAGACAAUAGGUCGAGGGUCUUUUGGUACAAUCAGGAAGGUCAGAAGAAUAUCGGACGGCCAUGUAAGUUGUGAACUCAGAAAACUUGAAGACUUCGCGGCUAUUAAGAAAGAUCCUUGCCAGAUCCUGUGUCGGAAAGAGAUUCAAUACAUCAAAAUGUCUCAGAAGGAGCGAGAACAGCUCCACGCCGAGUUCUCUAUCCUUAACUCCCUCAAACACCCGAAUAUUGUCGGAUACUACCACCGAGAACACCUGAAGCCGACACAGGAACUCUAUCUGUACAUGGAGUACUGUGGAGGAGGUGAUCUCAGCAAGGAGAUUCUCAAACUCCGGGGAAAAGACCAGUAUGCAGAUGAGGAAUAUGUUUGGAGCAUUUUUUCACAGCUCGUCGCCGCUCUAUACCGGUGCCAUUAUGGAGUCGAUGCUCCGGAGGUUGGCAGGAACGCCAUGGGGCCAUGCGGUGCUCUGAAGCCAUUGGGCUUGAAAGGCAAAAAUCAAGUCAUGAUCUUGCACCGAGACCUGAAACCGGAGAACAGUAAGUCGCAGCUGUCAUAUCUAUAUUCCGUGUGCAGUCCAACACUGAUUGCCGCAGUAUUCCUCGGCGCGGACAACUCGGUCAAGCUUGGAGACUUCGGAUUGUCAAAGCUGAUGCAAUCCCACGACUUCGCGUCGACAUACGUCGGAACACCGUUCUACAUGUCGCCCGAGAUAUGUGCUGCAGAAAGAUAUACCCUCCACUCGGAUAUUUGGUCUCUUGGAUGCGUGAUGUACGAGCUGUGCGCGCGGACUCAACCUUUCAACGCCAAGACGCAUUUUCAUUUGAUACAGAAGAUCAAAGAAGGUCGAGUAGAUCCACUGCCAAGUGUAUACUCUCAGGAGUUACAAAACGUCAUCAAGAGCUGCUUGAAUAUCAAUCCGCUAAAGCGACCUGACACUGCGAGCCUGCUGAAUCUUCCUGCUGUGCGGCUAAUGAGAAAGGAGAGGGAAGUGGUUGAAUUAGGAAAGUUAUUGAGGGUAAAAGAAGAACAGGCCAUGCGAAAAGCUCAAGAAGCCGAGGCUAAGGCUUCGAACUGGAACGGGGAGAAGGAGAAAAUGAGAGCUGCGUUGGAAUCGACAAUACGUCGGGAAUGGGAGGUGAAGGCCAGACUCGAGAUUAAUCGACAAGUCCAGAUGGAGAAGGAAAAGCUCCAUAAAAUGUUUGAGACCGAGGUCCGGUCGAGAGUCGAAGCCGAAGUGCAAUUACGGCUUGAAUUACGGCCAAUUGCGAAAGAAGGAGGACCACCUACUCCGCCGGACGUCCAGUUUUCGUCCGUCAGCACAAACGCGGAUUCCGAUUUUCUGUCGUCGACGGACUUGAGCAGCCUCUCCAUCGACUCGCCUCCAGUCAUACAAUCCAAAACACCACCCAAGAAGCGAACGCGAACCGCAUUAUCUCGGGCUCGCACUGAAUUUGACUCACCGAUGGAUGUACAGAUGAUUGACCCUUCACCAAUGUCGAUCGCCUGCCUCUCCCUCUCACCUCGCCGCGCAGCCGCUGCAAACGCGUCUGGAAUACCCAACAACAAGAACCUCUUUGCUGCAGCCGCCGUCCAGAAGCACCGACUCGCACCUCAAUCGUCUUCGCCACGUGCCUCGAUCAUAGUCGAAGAGGAAGAAGACACCCUUCCUGACCUACCAUCACCCACCCGGGCACCGUCAGGUCUUCCUGACCCCUUCAAGGCCCCCAGCCGGCCGGGCCUCCUCCGCCAGAAAACCGCGCCAAUGAACCGCCUCAGUGGAUACCCCCAACCUACGCUCUUUCCGCCGGCAGCGUCUGACCGACCAUCCCGAGUUCCGUCGCCACCAAGCCCGAAGCACUCAGGAUUCUCGCCUGUCCGCAAAGCGCCGCCCAAACCACCUACUAGUAGCACGGAGAACGAAAUAUUUAAAGCCGUCAUGCAGCGAAAUCUGUUUGGUCAGAACGGCGGGGGGAGGACGUUGGUCGAGCUGGCGCAAGCGAGAGCUGGAGGACUCAGUCAAGCGCAGAAAGUAGAGAAGGGAAUUGUGGAGGGAAUUGUGGAGGAGACCAAGAAAGAGAACCUGAGGAGUGGUGGGGAUGUGCCGGUCUGGGAUCCGGAGAGAGACGAGAUGCCGAGCCCAUUCUUGGUUAGGGGUGGGAAGAGUUUACGAAGGCUGUGA